AUUGUCUUAAGUUAGAAUAUGACCAAAUGAUAAGUAAUAAAAAUUUGGAAUUAUUAUCAGAUGAAGCAACACUUGAUUUAUCUGGAUUAUUUAUAUCAACAGUUUUUACUGCAGUUCAAAAAAAUUUGAUACAUAAUAAUAAGGUUAAUCAAUAUUUUAUAAUAGAAACAAUUGGACUUUUGGAUAAUUCUUUACAGUGGUGGGCAGCUCACAAAAAUAUUCUUUCGAGAUUAGCAGGUCUUGUCUGCAAAUACUUUACGAUCCUAGCUACCUCUGUCCCCUAUGAGCAUCUUUUUUUACAAUGUGAAAAUAUAAUGACUAAAAAAAGGACUUGGUUAACACCACAAAUAUUCA